AUGGGAAGUCGCUGUGACCCAAUGGGUGCGGGGGUGUCCGUGACUGCUGUGCAGAGGGCGGGGACGAGCGCGCUCGAUGCGGCGUUCCACGCAGACAGGCCUCUCCUGGGUUUUACUAUUAUUCAUUUUUGCUGCGGGGGAAUGGCCGGGCCCUACGAGUGGGCGGCAAAACUGCCCAGCCGUGUCCUCUUUGCUCCGUUUAUUGGUGUGGAGGUCGCGCACGUUGUGAGUUGCGGAGGCUCGCCCGACGUGAUCCUCCUCGCCCCACGUGGGAGGCGAGCGAAAGACGCACUCGGCACCUCCUUUUCGUCAGUCAUGAAUGAUCGUGGGAGUGGGGAGUCGUGCUGGGCUCGCCGUGGACCACGGAAUGCAUCCGUCGCGGCAAUGGCAACAGCAUGA